CCCUGCCACAGGUGAGCUCAUCCCUGCCCCCCAUGGGCUCAUCCCUGUCACCCGUGGCUCAUCCCCCCUGUUCCGUGCUCUGCCCACGCACUGGGCCAGGUUCCUCACGGUCCCCUGUCCUGCUUUUCCAGGGUUUUGGAAGCGGUGCUGUCACGAUGCUGGGGCCAGAGCACACGGAGUGAGGCUGAGUCAGAGCCAGAAGGGCCAAACACGAAUUCGUGCACCUCUCAGCUUGCUUUUAAUGAAGGGAACAGCCUGCCUUAUCUGUCCUGCACACCUGAGCACUGAUCAGAGACACCCAGUCACAGGAGGAGCAGGAUCUGCACUGGGAGAGGCUGGGCAGGAGAAACAUCUCCAGCUGCUUUUGUGGUCUCUAAAGCUACAGUGUUCCUGGCUGCCCCUCUUCUCCCCAGGAUGCUGGGAAGGGUGCUGUGCACGCUGUUGUUCGUGGGAGCCCUGCCAUCCGCAGCUGCAGCAUCCCAGGGCCACAUCUCCGUGGUCUUGCUGGGAGCCACGGGGGACCUGGCCAAGAAGUAUUUGUGGCAGGGUCUAUUCCAGCUCUACAUGGACCAAGUGAGCAGUGGCCACAGCUUCACAUUCCACGGGGCUGCCCUGGCAGCCCUGGAGCCGGGGCAGAGGCUGAUGUUCGACGUGCUGAAGAAGCUGUCCUGCCCCCCGGACCAGGCUCCCAACCGGUGUGCCGUGCUCAAGGACCAGUUCCUGAAGCUGAGCCAGUACCACCAGCUGAAGACUGCCGAGAACUACACAGCCCUGAGCAGAGAGAUCGAGAGCCUGCUUCGCCAGGAGGGGCUGCAGGAGGCUGGCAGGAUCUUCUACUUCUCCGUGCCCCCAUUUGCCUACACGGAGAUCGCGGGGCACAUCAACGGCAGCUGCCGGCCGCGCGCCGGGGCCUGGCUGCGCGUGGUGCUGGAGAAGCCCUUCGGCCACGACCUGCGCUCGGCCCAGCAGCUGGCUGCACAGCUGGCAGGCUUCUUCAGGGAGGAGGAGAUGUACCGUGUGGACCAUUACCUGGGCAAGCAGGCUGUGGCCCACAUCCUGCCCUUUCGGGAUCAGAACCGACAGUUUCUGGACCCAAUUUGGAACCGACAUCAUGUGGAAAGAGUGGAGGUUGUCUUGAAGGAGACUGUGGAUGCUAAAGGCCGCACCAGCUUCUACGAGCGGUACGGGGUGAUCCGGGACGUGCUGCAGAACCACCUCACCGAGGCCCUCAUGUUCCUCAUCAUGGAGCUCCCUGCCAACGUCAGCAGCGCCCAGGAGGUGGUGCAGCACAAGCUGCAGGCCUUCCAGUCCCUGUGGGGGCUGCAGAGGAGCAGCGCCGUGCUGGGGCAGUACCAGGCCUACGACAGCCAGGUGCAGGAGGAGCUGCCCGAGGCGCGGGGCUACGUCAGCACCACACCAACCUUUGCAGGAGUGCUGAUCCACAGCCACAGCCCGCGCUGGGAAGGGGUCCCGUUCCUGCUCACCUCCGGGAAGGCUCUGGAUGAGCGGGUGGGCUAUGCCCGCGUCCUCUUCAGGAGCAGGGCCUACUGCCCUCAGAGUGGCACUCUGAGGGAUGCAGGGCUCAGCCAGUGUAAACCCAAGCAGAUCAUCUUCUACUUCGGGCACGGCGCUCUCAACACCCCUGCGGUGCUGGUGAGCAGGAACCUCUUCCAGCCUGCCAUGCCCAAAGACAGCUGGAAAGAAGCGGGGGCUCGCUCAGACCUGCACGUCUUCGGACAGCCGCUGUCUGAUUUCUACAUGUACAGCCCUGUGAAGGAGAGGGAUGCCUAUUCCGUCCUCAUCUCCCACAUCUACCACGGCAGGAAGGAUUUCUUCAUCACCACGGAGAACCUGCUGGCCUCCUGGGCCUUCUGGACCCCUCUGCUGGACAGCACCUCCCGCCAGCCCCCGCGCCUCUACCCCGGGGGCGUGGAGAACCAGCAGCUGCUGGACUUUGAGAUGGUGCCCGGGGGAGUGGCGUUCACCCUGCCAGAGCCAGCAGAGCUGCUGAACCCCAGCGGGCAGCUGCCAAGUGACUUCAGGGCCAUCCAGUCCAAAUUCCGGCAGAGCCCGCUGGUCUCGGCCUGGGCCGAGGAGCUGAUCGCCCAGCUGGCCUCCGACAUGGAGGAGGCGGCCGUGAGGAGCGUGGCUCGCUCGGGGCAGUUCCACCUGGCCCUGUCGGGCGGCUCCAGCCCUGUGGGGCUGUUCCAGAGGCUGGCCAGGCACCACUACAGCUUCCCCUGGCAGCACAGCCACGUGUGGCUGGUGGACGAGCGCUGCGUGCCCCUGACCGACGGCGAGUCCAACUUCCUGGGCCUGCACCGGCACCUCCUGCAGCACGUCAGGGUGCCCUACUUCAACAUCCACCCCAUGCCCGUGCACCUCAACCGGCGCCUCUGCGUGGAGGAGGACGGCGGCGCCGAGCUCUACGCCAAGGACAUCGUGGCCCUGGUGGCCAACGCCAGCUUCGACCUGGUGCUGCUGGGCGUGGGCGCGGACGGGCACACGGCCUCGCUCUUCCCCCGCUCCGAAAGCGGCCUGGAAGGGGCUCCCACCGUGGUGCUGACCGAGAGCCCCGUCAAGCCUCACCAGAGGAUGAGCCUCAGCCUGCCCCUCAUCAACAGGGCCCGGCAGGUGUUCGUGCUGGUUCUGGGCAAGGGCAAGCACGACAUCACCACGCUGCUCAGCAGGGUGGGCCGCGAGCCCCGCAAGUGGCCGAUCUCAGGCGUCAGCCCCAGCUCUGGCCAGCUGGUCUGGUACGUGGAUUACGAAGCUCUGCUGGGGUGACGCCUGGCAGCGUCCCUCCUGCCUCGUCCGCGUGGCCUGGGUUGUCCUGCACCGUGUCCUCGUUGCCAGCAGCAGCCUCACCCCUGACCCUCCCUUCGGGGACAUGCCCGGCCUGCGGCAGCGCUGGGCUGGAGCCUGGGGGAGCCGGGCUCAGGGGGCAGAGCUCAGGAGGAGCCAGAGCCCAGUGCAGCCUCUCUGGCUCUGCUCCGGGCCCUCACUGCGACUUUGGACAAAUUGCUUCACCUUGAAGUGCCUCAGUUCUCCUGUCAGGCCUUACUGGCAUGUCACUACCUCACAGGCGCUUCGGGGGGCUUGUUAAAUCAACUGCCUGCCAAAUUCUUUCUAAUUUUAUGUAAUUCUCAGGCUAAAAGACAACAGUACCGCAUUCGUCCCUGCCCUGCUCAGCCUGGCUGGGCCAGAGUUGUUGUGUCAGGGCAGUGAUGGUGGUGUGCACGUGGAUGUGUAACCCUGGGUGUUUUGGGGCUCUGAAAAUAAGGGGGGCAGGCUGAGGAGUGUGGCAGCUCACACAGCUGCUGUUUGCCAGCACUGCAAUAAUUACUGAGGGAAAGCUUGGUGCUCAGAGCAAUUGUUGGGUUUAGCUAGCAGAGAAAUCUUCUAUUUUUAAGCAAAAAAUGCCCGCGUUAACUUCAUUCCAGUUCUUUUGUAUUUGGUGUGAGGGAACAAGUUUUAAUGAAAAAGUGACCUAUGAGAGAGUAACUAUAUUGUUAUGAAUAACAGAGUUUAUUCCUGUCUUACAGGUGACUGUGGCAUUAGAGUUUUCUUAUUUUUGCACACUCGCUUGGUAAUAUGUGGCUGGCAACUCUUGAAAUGAACACUGAAAGGUUUAUUUGCACUUUGAAAUUAGCACAUGGGUUUUUCCCCAGGGAGCUACUGUUUUUGCAGGUGAAAAUAGGGUUUAUUUCUGAAGUCUCUAUCUAGUGGGUCACCCCAAAAUGUAUCCGAGAUUUUAUUAAAAUCCAUUAAAAGUUUCCACGUGUUUUCCUUGGUGAAUGGAGCUAUCUGGGUUUUUUGGGGGAUUUUUCAGAAGGGUAUUUUUUUUCCACACAGACAGUUUCUGUUGAACUCUUUAAUACUUAGCAUUUGCUAAAUGAAAACCAAAUAUUUUUGAAUAUACAAAAUUUAUGACUGGAAAGAGAGAGACUGGAUGGGAAGAAGGGUUAAAUGAGCAACAAAUCUGAUGAGGAGGAAUGGUAGCAAUCCACCGGGCUGAUGGCCAAGGAAGCAGGGCUAUUUUUAUUUUGUGAAAGUUAUUAAUAGAAGGUGUUCACCUUCUUGAGAGCUUGUAUUAACCUUUCUUUGCAAAGGCAGCUCCAUGGAGUAACUUCUUGCAGUCUGUUUCUCCCAUAAGUGAUUAUUGAUACUAAAUUUUAUUCAUUUUUUAAAAAUCAAGUGCAUUCCUACAAUUCAAUGGUAUGAUUAUAUGUUUUACAGAAAACAAACACUGGAAAUAACUAAUUUUUCACUUCAACUUUUAUAAAUCAAAUUGUAAAAAAUUUUUUCCCAUGAGUAAAGUUUUGUGAUUUUUUUCAUGUUGUUUAACGAAUAAAGAAUUAUAUUUAUAAAAAAACAAGUAGUUUUUAACCAGAAGCAUCUUUUAAUUUCUUCCAGAGAUGGGUGGUCUU